AUGAAUACUUUUAUUCGAUUUGUCAAUUCAAAUUUCACUGAAACAUUCGAAUUUCAAACGGUUAUAAAACCGUCUUCUGCUUUUCGAAACUGCCAACCAUUGAAAACUCAUAACAAUAUGGCGAACACAACGGAUAAUAAUAAAGUUAAUAAUAAAGAAGAUUUUGUAGAUCCUUGGAAUGUCGUGAGUUCAUCCGAAAUUGGAAUUGAUUAUAAUAAACUUAUCGAAAGAUUCGGAAGUUCGAAAAUCGACAAUGAUCUUCUUGAAAGAUUUGAAAAAGUAACUGGAAAACCGGUACAUUAUUUACUUAGAAGAGGAAUAUUUUUUUCUCAUAGGGACAUGCAUUCAAUAUUAAACGCAUAUGAAAGUGGAAAACCAUUUUAUUUGUAUACAGGAAGAGGUCCAUCAUCUGGUUCUAUGCAUUUGGGUCAUUUGAUACCGUUCAUAUUCACAAAAUGGUUGCAAGAAGUAUUCAAUGUGCCCUUAGUUAUACAAUUAACAGAUGAUGAAAAAUUUCUAUGGAAAGAUUUAAAAUUAGAAGAAGCUAAUAAAUUAGCUUAUGAAAAUGCCAAAGAUAUAAUCGCUGUCGGAUUCGAUAGUGAAAAAACAUUUAUAUUUUCAGAUUUAGAUUAUUUAGGAAGUUGUUCUAAUUUUUAUAGAAACAUUGUUAAAAUUCAAAAAAGUGUUACUUUUAAUCAAGUAAAAGGAAUAUUCGGAUUCGGUGAUAGUGAUUGUAUUGGAAAAAUUGCUUUCCCCGCAAUACAAGCCGCCCCAUCUUUUUCCACAUCUUUUCCUUUCAUAUUUAAAGAUUCUAAAAUACCUUGUCUCAUACCUUGCGCCAUUGAUCAAGAUCCUUAUUUUAGAAUGACAAGGGAUGUAGCACCUAAAUUAGGAUUUACAAAACCUGCUUUGUUACAUUCGACAUUUUUUCCAGCUUUACAGGGUGCUAAAACUAAAAUGUCUGCAAGCGAUCCAAACUCAUCGAUAUUUUUAACUGACACUCCGAAACAAAUUAAAAAUAAGAUAAACAAAUAUGCAUUUUCUGGUGGACAAGCAACAAUCGAAGAACACAGAGAAUUUGGUGGAAAUUGCGACAUUGAUAUUUCCUAUCAAUAUUUGACAUUUUUCUUAGACGAUGAUGAAAAAUUAAUGGAAAUAAAAAAAGAUUAUGCAAGCGGUGAAUUGUUAACAGGAGAAUUGAAAAAAAUAUUGAUCAAUGUUUUACAACCGAUUGUACAAGAACAUCAAGAGAGAAGAUCAAAAGUAACUGAUGAAAUUGUUAAACAAUUUAUGACGAUGAGACAAUUAAAAACAUCAUUCACUUAA